AUGUCCCUUGUCUGGUGGGUAUAAGAUAAUUGGGCUCGCAGCAUGUACCGACCCCCAUUGCCCGUCUCCACUAAGCUUUGAAUGGCAAAGGCUCGAUGGCGACAUCGCCCCGGUUUCGACAUCGCGGGAGGAGUGCGGAUACUACCACCACAAAGAGCUUCUGCUGACACCAACAAUUGUUGCUAUUAAAUCCGCGCCAUUGAGGGAUUCAUACACCCCCUGUCAGAGUUUUCCCUCUCUCGAGUCUCUCUCGCCGUCGUCGUCUUCUCCUCGGCUCUUCUGCAACGCUCAUUUCUUGGCUGCCGCCGUCAUCCCGGUGCCACAUCUCUUGGCCCACGAGAUCCAUCGUCUUGUCAAGCAAGAAUGCCUUAAGAGCCUCCCUUGGCACUCCACUACCGAAGUUUCUGAAGUCAAUUAAAAGCUUGUCUGUCUGCCUUCCUCAGCCUAAGUUGAAGAGCUUGCGAUAGUCUUUGAAGAGCUUCGAAGAGCUUCCGCAAGAUUUGAAGAGCUUCUGUUUCAGUCGCACAACCCGACCAGGUCGCUCCAGACCACUCAGGCCACACGAUACAGAUAUAUUGUCGCCACUAUUGUGUGAAGGGUUGUUGUCUCUCAUCCCUUCUUGUCAGCCACAAGCGCUUCUGUCGCCAUUUUCGCACGCCGCCAAAUUACGGCGUUUUUCCUGUGUCGGGAACUCUCUCGCUCAUCGUUGAGUCGGCCAUCGUUGUCUCGACCAAUUAAUGCCCCUUUGACCGAUUGCGCAACUUUGCAAGGGCUGUCAAGUAGCGACAAUUUCGCACCUCCUGCCCCAAAUCGCCACCCCCGUCGAGCCUCGAGGACUGGAAGCGUUCUAGUCACGGCUUGCACCAUUAGCUUCUGCCCACUACGCACCCCGGUUCCCAUUCCUGCCGCCCACUCUCGACCGCCAAAUCCCACGGCGACCCCCGUGGACCCAGGAGUGUGGCACGGUAACCACCCCCGGUGACUCCUAUAUAGCCUUGGGACAUCUUCGCCAAAAAAGGAGCGAGGUCCUGUGUGCUACUCGUCUCUGUAGUCAAGAGCUCGACAAGUAAUUCUUCAGAGUCUCUGCCGGUUUCCGGUCCGAUCAACCACCAUGUCGAGCACAAGCACCAAGAUUGGCCAUGGCCUGGCCAAGGUCUUGGGCAUCAAGCUCGAGAAGCCCGAGAACGAAGAGAUGUUGCGCGGCGAAUCUGUCUUCUCUGUUCAGUCCUCGGACACAUUCGUUGAGGAGGAGCCAACAACGGCUGAGUGGCUCCUCGAACUUCUUCCCGACGGCCACGAAGUUCUUGCAUACAUCCGCUCUCUCUUCCCCUUCCUCAACUGGAUUGGUCACUACAACCUGCAGUGGUUCCUUGGUGACUUGGUCGCCGGUGUCACUGUUGGUGCUGUUGUGGUACCUCAGGGUAUGGCUUACGCUUUGCUUGCAAAGCUUGAUCCUCAGUUCGGUCUCUACUCAUCCUUCAUGGGUGUUAUUAUAUACUGGUUCUUCGCUACAUCCAAGGAUAUCACCAUCGGCCCCGUUGCUGUUAUGUCCACUGUCGUUGGUAACCUCAUUACCGAUGUCCAGGCAGACUUCCCCCAAUACGAAGGUCAUCAGAUUGCGUCUGCUCUGGCUAUCAUUGCCGGCGCCAUCAUUCUCUUCAUUGGUUUGAUUCGAAUGGGAUGGGUUGUCGACUUGAUCUCUUUGACCUCUCUGUCAGCCUUCAUGACUGGUUCUGCCAUCAGCAUUGCUGUUGGUCAGUUGGUCACAUUAUUGGGCAUCAAGGGUGUCAACACAAGAGAGGCUACCUACCUGGUCUUCAUCAACACCCUCAAGGCUCUCCCCAAGACAAAGAUGGAUGCUGCCAUGGGCCUGACCGCCCUCACCAUGCUCUACCUUUUGCGGUUCAUCUUCACUAGCCUGGCCAAGAAGUAUCCUCAGAAGUCGAAGCUUUUCUUCUUCCUGUCGACCCUGCGAACCGUCUUCGUCAUCCUUCUCUACACCAUGAUCAGUUGGUUGGUCAACAUGAACAGACGGUCAAACCCGCUGUUCAAGAUUUUGGGAGAAGUUCCAAGAGGUUUCCAGAAUGCUGGCGCCCCGAAGAUCGACACCGACCUCAUCAGCGCUUUCUUGCCCUUCCUGCCUGCCAGCGUUAUUGUGCUGGUCAUUGAGCACGUUGCUAUCUCGAAAUCCUUCGGUCGUGUCAACAACUACACCAUCAACCCUUCCCAAGAGUUCGUUGCUAUUGGUGUUACCAACGUCAUCGCACCUUUCCUUGGCGGGUACCCCUCUACGGGCUCGUUCAGUCGUACCGCUAUCAAGUCCAAGGCUGGCGUCAGAACCCCCUUCGCCGGUGUUAUCACUGGCCUUAUUGUCCUGCUUGCCAUCUACGCUCUCACGGCUGUGUUCUUCUACAUCUCCAGCGCGUCACUGGCUGCAGUCAUCAUUCAUGCCGUCGGCGAUCUUAUUACGCCGCCCAACACUGUUUACCAAUUCUGGCGUGUCUCACCCCUUGAAGUCGUCAUCUUCUUCAUUGGUGUCUUUGUCACCAUUUUCUCUUCCAUUGAGAACGGAAUUUACGCCACAAUCUGCAUCUCUGCCGUGCUGCUCCUCUGGCGCAUUCUCCGUAGCCAGGGACGCUUCCUCGGAAAGGUCAAGAUUCACUCCGUCGUCGGCGACCACGUCAUUGGCGAAGACCACCGACAAGUCAUUGGCGAGUACGGCACCUUCAACGCCAGCGACAACGCCGCCCGCAACGUUUUCCUGCCCAUCGAUCACGGCGACGGAUCCAACCCCGAGGUCUCCCUGGACGAGCCGUACCCCGGCAUCUUCAUCUACCGCUUCUCCGAGGGCUUCAACUACCCGAACGCCAGCCACUCCCUCGAGUACCUCACCGAAUACAUCUUUGCCCGGACGCGCCGCACAAACAUGCAGUCGUACGGAAGACUGGGCGACCGCCCCUGGAACGACCCGGGCCCGUCCCGCAAGGCCAAGAAGGCGCAGGCCCAGAUGCACGAGGAGGAGAACAGAGCGACGCUCAAGGCCAUCAUCCUCGACUUCAGCUCCGUCAAUCACGUCGACUUGACGUCCAUCCAGCAGCUCAUUGACGUCCGCAACCAGCUCGACCGCUACGCGGCCCCCGACAAGGUGAACUGGCACAUUGCCUGCAUCAACAACCGGUGGACCAAGCGUGCUCUCGUCGCUGCCGGCUUCGGCUACCCAGUCGACCGCAGCGACGGCACGCAGCACCAGUGGAAGUCCAUCUUCAGCGUCGCCGAGAUUGGCGGCUCCGAGUCGGCGGCCGCGGUCGCGGAGAAGGAGGCUAACGAGAAGGAGCUCUCGACGCACGCGCGGGCCGCAAGGACCAUUGACGAGGAGGCGCUGGGCAAGGACGGCGGCGCGUACGACCAGAUCGACCCCGUCUCGUCGGGCUCGAGGAAGGGUGGUGCCGGCGCCGGCAACAUUGGCGGCGGCCCCAGGAGGAAGGGUGUCGUUGUCCACGGCCUCAACAGGCCGCUGUUCCACGUCGAUCUGACGAGCGCGCUGCAGAGCGCCAUCGCCAACAGUGAGGGCAGGGGUAUUGUUGAAGAGGAUGCAGAGGACCCCAAGAGUCCCAGCACCUCUAGCGAUUGAGAGAGAGAAAUGUGAACGUUUAGGGAUGGAAACAGAUGUAUAG